AUGUUCCUCUCGGCUUCGACUGCCUUCCCUCUCCUCACUAAUAUGGAUGGGGUUCACGGAGGCAGCCCCUGGGGCGCUGGUACCAUUGCUGGUGGCGAUGGUUCUCGGCAACCCUCCACUCUUGAGCUCCAGAUCGCCGAGACUCAGGGCAAGUCCUUCUACGAGCAUGUCUCCAAGACCAACUCCGCUUGA